ACUCGAUGCUCAAAGAUUUGUACAAGUCUAGUGUAGUCGUGACCUCCGUCAUGCCCGUCAAAAUACAUGAAAUACUGCAAAAAUGGCAGCUGAAGACGAGGACUACGUGCGCCAAGUGAAACUUUUGGACUCGUAUUACUUCCGCGUCAAGUCCCAGAUAUUGCACCAUCAGAGCCCUACGAUCGGCCUGUUUCCAGCUACCACAGGCGAUGCCAAGAGAUCCCACGUGGCGCACGUGAGAGACAGUAUCUACUGUGCAGUAGCAACGUGGACCCUGGCCCUAGCUUAUAGGAAAAUUGACAAUGACCAUGGUCGGACAUAUGAGCUAGAGCAGAGUGCUGUGAAGUGCAUGAGGGGAAUACUAUAUUGCUACCUACGACAAACUGAGAAGUUGGAGAAGUUCAAAUACACAAAGGGAGAGGAUAACGCCCUGCAUUGCCGCUAUGACAUGGUGCGAGGUAACACGCUGCCUGACAGCUAUCAUCACUUACAGAUUGACCUGGUGUCUCUGUAUCUACUCUACCUGGUCCAGAUGAUCUCAUCAGGUCUACAGAUUAUUUGGACGCUUGAUGAAGUCAGCUUUAUUCAGAACCUUGUGUUUUAUGUGGAGAGAGCCUACCGCAUCCCAGACUAUGGCAUGUGGGAGCGUGGUAGCAAGUACAACACAGGCAAAUGUGAACUCAAUGCUAGUUCUAUUGGUUUGGCCAUUGCAGCUCUUGAAGCAAGCAAUGGUUUUAACCUGUUUGGUCGCGAGGGAACAUCCUGGUCUAUCUUGUACGUUGAUCCCGAUGCCCACGGCAGGAAUCGAACCAUCUUACAGACUUUGCUGCCAAGGGAGAGCAUGUCCAAGAACACAGAUGCCUCUCUCAUACCUGUCAUCAGCUUCCCAGCCUUCGCUGUCAAGAACGUAGAGGUCAAGAACAGGACCUUUGACAAAGUCAUCCGCAAGUUGAAGGGGAAGUAUGGCUUUCGACGUUUCCUACGAGACGGUUACGGUACGGAGCUGGAAGACAAGAACAGGAAGUACUACAAACCUGCCGAAAUCAAGAUGUUUGAUAACAUAGAGGCGGAGUGGCCCAUGUUCUUUGUGUACAUGAUGAUUGACGGUACCGCUAAAGGAGACACCAAACAAGUAGAGGAAUACCACAAUCUACUCAAACCACUGCUGAAGGAAUCUGCCAAUGGAUUAGUGCUUCCCAAGUAUUACUACGUGGAGACGAGACACAUUGAGGCAGAAAGGAAAAACCCUCACAGUCAACCGAGAGUGGCCAGCCAUGAGGGGGAGGAUCCAGACCAGAUCUUCCUGUGGGGGCAGUCUGUGUAUCUCAUUGCCUGCAUGCUGAAGGAUGGACUAGUUGACAUGGAUGAGAUUGAUCCUGUGGGUAGAUAUCAUGGCUCAUCCGUAAGAUUAACAGUCAGACACAACACGAGAUACUCAGCAUUUGAGAGCACCUGUAAGGACAUGACUGUACAAAUGGCAUUCAUAGCGGAGAGUGCUAGGCUCCAAGCAACACUACAGACCUAUGGGAUUCAGACACAGACCCCAACACAGGUGGAACCCAUACAGAUAUGGCCUCCUAAUGAGCUCAUCAAGGCAUACCAAUUCUUGGGCCACAAUGACAAGUUGGGGUUAACCGGCCGGCCGCCUCGUCCUGUGGGUAGUCUGGGUACAUCCAAGAUCUAUCGUAUCCUAGGCAGGACCAUCCUGUGUUAUCCACUGCAGUUUGAUCUGACUGACUUCUACAUGUAUCAGGAUCGCUCACUUCUUGUUGAUGAUAUUAAGAGUCUUGUAGCUUUCGUGAGGAGAUCUUGGACAAUGUCUGGCAGGCCAACCAUCUGUAUGCUUAUCAAGGAAGACCAUCUCAGUGGUGCCAAGGGGUCUGAGAUGUUGGACAUGUUGGCCAUGUUCAAGAGGGGUAGAUGUGGAGGGAACCGGGUCAAAGUAGACCGUCUUCAGACGCUAAUUGCUUCAUCGUUUGUGGAGCAUUUGGACUUCCAGCUCCCUGAAGGAGUUGCUUCCAUGGUUUUAUUCAAGCGGCUAGAAGAGCUGAACGUCACCCAUCUUCCUCUUCAGACCAAGAGUAGGCAUCUCAGCUCGCCUCAUUCAGAAGACCAUGAGGAGGAGGCCUUUGAUGUUAAGAAAUUUGAGAGAUUGCCAUCAUGGGAGUUAGUAGAGUGUCUUCGUCACAGUAUCAACAUGGAGGUGCAGAGUGGCAUUCUGGGAAUGCUGUUCCACCGAGAAGGAUCUAAUUACUUGACAGAUAAAGGCACAGUGGCUGAAGCAUUGAACAAACUGUACAACCGCGCUGGCGUCAAGGAAGACUGGUCUACUGUCAGGUACUGCGCAAGCAUCCUGCGCAAAGUCAUAGACAGUCUGUCGCCCUCUAUCACAUCCAUGCUGGUCAGCGGAAAAAUUGUUACGAUAGGCGUCUUUGGUCAUGAGGAGGAACUGGUCCUGCGGCCAUUGAGCCCCAACGAGAUCUCAGACAUCAUCUUUGCUCGAUGUCAGAAGUACAACAUCCGAGAGGCUGUCAUGCAGCAGGAGAUUAUUAUUACAGUGGGCAAGCUGGUCACUACCAGACCGGAACUGUUCAGUAGCAUGCUCAAGAUCAGGACAGGGUGGCUUCUGCAUGCCAUGAGGACAGAACUCAAAAUAGCUUUUAAUGAAACAAAGCCCGUCCACAGUCUGUCCCCACACUCGCUGAAGGAUCUCCUAGUUCAGGUGCUAGAGACCAACAUCACCACAGCAAGCCACUACCGUACCUGGUUACAGCAGCGUCAAUUCAGCGGCUCGCUCAACCGCACUCCGCCUAAUUUCUACGAUAAAGUAUGGGACAUCAUGGCGCGCAUGCCCAGCGGCAUCAUCAUAGCAGAUUACUUCCUACCCCAGCAACCCACGCUCUCAGACAUGACCAGGACGGACCUGAACUUUGCCCUACGGAUUGAGGAGAUGUUCAGCCGCAUUGCGCAUCCAGAAUACAGGCAACUCAUGGUUGAGUUGCUCACAGUGAUAUCCACAAUCUUGGAGAGAAAUCCAGAGCUGGAGUUCCAGAGCACAGUCAAUACAGAUGCUCUGAUUAAGGAGACGUUCAACCUGUUUAAGGAGCACCACGCCAGCCAAGGCAAAACAUGUGACAUGCAGGACUUUUACAACACUCCGCCCAUCGCCACCCACGGCACCAUGAGUUUCCUGGCCAAAGUCAUCGUACACCAUCUCCUAGAUGAAAGCAUGGACACCAGUAUGGAUAACUGCUUGAUCAGUUGAGGGCGUGAUCCCCGCCCA